UCAGAAACACAGAUUUGUGUGACGCUGGGAGGCGAGUGGAGGCUCAUUGAUUCUGUUGCGUCCGCCGUCGGGGGAGUUGGUGCGCGCGGCGAGUUGGUUGAGUCGGUUGCGUCGGCUUCUUCUCUAUAUAAAGCCCGGGAGGGGGCCAGUGAAAUCAGUUUGGAGCGGAGAGUCCUAGAAGCUUCGUGGGAGGUUAUCGCUUUGCAGAUAAGAGGCGGCGGCGGCUGCGGUAGUUGCAGCUGCAGCAGCAGGCAGGCGGUGGCGGUUCUUGUGGCUGUGAAUACAGUGGGGAGACAUGCGAGAUUUGACCUCCAUUCUCCAGACUUCUUCCUCAGACGUAGCUUUAGCUACUUUUCCACCCAAGAAAAGAGGGAGGCCGUCUCUCCCCGACCUCAUUCUGCGGGCUGUUUGCGUCUCUACAGCCCGCAAGGGCGCCUCUCUGGCUGCCAUCAAAAAGGCGCUCUUGGCCGAGGGGUACGACGUGCAGAAGAACAACGGUCGCCUAAAGGCGGCGCUCAGCUCUCUCGUUAGCAAAGGGCUGCUGCAGCGGGUGACGGGCAGCGGCGUCUCGGGAUCCUUCAGGAUCAACAAGCACCAGAAGAAGGGGGGCGCCUUGAAAACAACGAAGAAAAAAACGGCCGUUAAGAGACCCAAAAACCAGAUAGUAGCCAGGAGAUCUCCGAAAAAAAUUAACGUCCCAGUAGCUAGGAAAGCAAAGGGGCCCGGCAGGGAGACCAAGCUAGCUGUUAAAAAACCCAAGGCUCGCAAGAACCCGGCCAGACCCAAGGGGAGGGCUGCCCCUCGCGGCAAAGCUGCUGUCAAGAGGCAUUAAAAACACAUUCCUUGUUCCCUAAUACAAACUCAAAGGCUCUUUUAAGAGCCACCCUCAAUACUCACUAAAUGAGCUAAUGUUUCGGCGGGAGAGCAGGGGUGGUGCGGCGUGAGCUGUUACCAACAAAGAUGCUUCUUGGAGGGAAAUCUUUGAUUCGGAAUUUUAUUCUGUGCAUCUAUUCACGAUGAUAAGGUUACAUUGAAUAAUGUAAAAAAAAUCCAAAAUUUCCUAUGGAAAAAUAUUCAAAGUUGAUUUUUUAAAUAGUUAAUAAAAUUGUCCUCCCCCGAAAAAAGAGUCCCGUGAAAAAAUCCUCACGUAAACACAGACUUUAAAAAGAUCAUUUUACUCCGUAGUAAUGAUCAAAAUCGUAACCUCAAUACACUUUGACUAGGAAAUUUAUAUCCAUGUUUGUCUCUUUAACAACGAUUCUAGGGGAGAACUGGAGCCCGGGCUUCCACUGGUGCCUGUUUCCUAUCAGGUCCAGCAAAGCGGUAACGUACUGCCCAAAGAGAGUGCAGGCCUCCUUCCCCUGCCCAAUCCCUGUCCUCCCCCUCAAACGCUCGACCAAUUAUUCCUCUUUUCAUCCAAUUAGCGCCCGCCCUUGCCUCUAUCUAUGAGCUCACAAUUGUACCGUAUUUCCUGUUGUGGUUAUUUGAUUGGUGUUUUUGGUGUAGCAAUGUUGAGACAUUCACUGCCUGGUUGAGGUGAGACCAAGAUAGAUUGCUCGGAAAUCUACUUGGGGGGAGAUGCCACAGAGUCAGCAGGCACCUAACGCUGUUCGGAAGCAUGAUCUUGCUGCAAGUGGGAUGAAAAAGAUUAAUCGGUAUCGAUUUAGCACUUGUGGCGCUGCAGGUGGUUUGCUAUUGCGGCUCCUCCCUAAACUGCUUUCCUAGCUAGCGCCUGGUCAGAAAAGUCGCUCCAGAUUUCAAGAGCGACCUUCGUUUUCAGAGCUCCGCUGUGCUGGUCCCGUAAAAAACAAACAAACAAACUGAAAAACAAUGAAGCUUAUCUCGUGGUCUUAUUAGAAGACAGUAAUUUGUGAGCUGUUCCACUAAGCGAGACACCUUCCCACCGGCCGCUGUCCGAGCGAUUUGCUUUGUUCUCACUACUAUAGCGGGAUACAGUUUGGCUCCUUUAGGGACAUUCAUGGAUUUAUGAACAAGGCGCUGUGUUCUUUCUAUCACCUGGGAGAAAAAUGUAGGAAUGAAACAAAGAUCCUUUGCUGGGCCACAGCACUUCCCCUGUAUUAAGAGAAAAAAAGAAAACAACCCCCCCCACACGCACACACACACUUUUUGGGGUGCUCCUCUGUGAUAAGGAUUCUGGUUUCUUUCUCCAUGAGCGACAUGUGGGGAAAAAAAACAUUCCCCACCCAUUCGGGGAUAGCACUUGUGCUUUGUAAAUGGAUAGAGGUAGAAUUAAGGGAUUAUUUCAGCAAAUAUUUCAUUGUAUUGAUACAUCAAACUGAAACCCCGAUCAGGAACGAAGCUUAACUAUGCUAGGCGCGGUCGGACCAUACAGCCCCGGUCCCUGUGAGCAAUGGUGUCUAAGUAAGAGAGGGAGCCAUGUCCCCACCAUGAAAAAGUCUAUAUUUUCCUUCAAAAGUCAGUGCCGUUUGAUUGGUUUCCCAAACAAACCAAUGAAAAAGUGAAUGGGCGAAACGCUUCCGUUUAUUUCCAUAUCCAGGUAGGGAGGAGUUGCUGUUCGCUGCUGGAACACGCCAGGGGGCAGUGUUACCCCAGGGCCGCAGGGUAAGAGGUCUCAGUCUUCCUUCAGGUCCUCUCACGGUCUAUAAAAGGAGCUCAGGCUGAAGCACUGAUCCAUUGCUUGCCUAGAGAAGCGCGCAAGAAAGGAGAUAUUGUUUAUUUUGGUGGUAAUGUAGAACAGAAAAGUUUUAUUAUUUAUAUUUCUAAAGGACCUUAUAUAGCUAGUUUUCCCAGUCGUAGGCUUGUUUUCAACGGUUAUGAGUGUAACAAUGUAUUUAUAGGUUGCUGGUUUGAGUGUAUCAGUAGAGCAAUAAUAUCAUUGGCUUAGUACAAUAAAUGCUUCGCCACGAAUUCUAAGAAAGAUCCUGACUGGUGUGUGCUUAUUACUAUGUGGGGAGCGAUCUAAGCAUGCUUUAUUUAAAGGUACUACUAGGGUUGAUGCUAAAUAGCCAUCUGUAAGCAAAGUUUUUUAGCUAACCCUUUAAAAUUAUUAGAUUCUAAACACACUUCAGGGUCACCCAUUUUCUGUUUUGUUUUUUUUAAGUUCAGUAAAAUCUUUAACUGAAGAAUGUUGUUUUAAUAUUUAUUGAAUUAAAAAUUUUUAAAGUAUAGUAAAUUUUUACAUAAACUAAGCUUAUAAAUUUUUGGCAUUUAUGGGUUCUAUUCCAGUAGCAGUAAGACAAAGAAGGACCACAACCUGUAUCUGUAGAAAACAUGAAAUGGUGUAAUGAUUUGCUGUGGUUAGAAAUUUUAUGCAGGUGCUCUGCCUAAACUCGUUCAAUACUUCAUCUUUCAGUAAGAACAUUGCACAGGGGAGGUGUGAAAUAAUGAUAGUUUUAUGAAUCUGAUAGCCUUCAGAUACGUCAAGGGCUUCUAUGAAGAGGAUGGUGAUCAUUUUUCAUGUCCAUUGAGGGUACAACAAGAAGUAUUUGUCUUAAUCUUUAGCAAGUGAAAUUCAGGUUAGCUAUUAGGAAAACUGUUCUAACUAUAAAGAUACUUCAGAAAUGGAGUAGCCUUACAAAGGAGGUUGUGGAAUCUCUAUCAUUGGAGGUUUUUAAAGAACAGGUUAGACAAACGUUGUCAGGGAUGGUCUGUCUAGGUCCCUUCCAGGCCCUACGUUUUUAUGAAUCAAUGAAAAAUCUAGCAAAAAGAAAAGGAGUACUUGUGGCACCUUAGAGACUAACCAAUUUAUUUGAGCAUGAGCU